GGCAGAAUCGGAAAUUGAGAAUUAGGGGCUGGCCAUGUGGUGAAACGCAGCUUCCCCAAAAUGACUAGAUUAGAUAACACCGCACUGACCUAAAUUCAAAACCCUAUUAACCUCCCCAAUUUCUGCCACAAUUCGUAGAUGGAGGGGAAUUCUUCCGGCGGCGGCGGAGGAGGAGGGGGGAAUGAUGUGGAGCUGCUCUGCAAAACGCUGCAGGUGGAGCACAAGCUAUUCUACUUCGACCUCAAGGAGAAUCCCCGCGGCCGUUACCUCAAGAUCUCCGAGAAGACUUCCGCCACAAGGUCCACCAUCAUAGUACCUUCCAACGGCAUCGCCUGGUUCCUCGACCUCUUCAAUUACUAUGUCAAUUCCGAUGACCAGGAUGUCUUUAGCAAAGAACUCCAGCUCGAUACCAAGGUUUUCUAUUUUGAUGUUGGGGAGAACAGAAGGGGCCGCUUCCUCAAAAUAUCCGAAGCUUCUGUCAGCCGAAACCGCAGUACUAUUAUUGUUCCUGCUGGAAAUGCUCAUGAUGAGGGGUGGGCGGCCUUCAGAAAUAUUUUGGGCGAAAUAAAUGAAACUUCACAGCUAGUCGUCCUUCCAAAUCAGCAGAACUCUGAAGCUCCGGAACGCCUUGUCAGGCUUUCAGAUGAUGUGGGGGCUGGUUUUAUAUCAAGUCAUGGUUCUCGAUCUGCCCCGGCAGCUGAAGUGAAUGUUGAUCGCUCUUCUGAUCUGCCACCCGCAACUGAUGACAUAGGUAAUAUGGGAGUCUCCAAAGUGAUAAGAGCUGAUCAAAAGAAAUUUUUCUUUGAUCUGGGUAACAACAACAGAGGUCAUUUCUUAAGAAUAUCAGAGGUUACUGGUUCAGAUCGUUCAUCCAUAAUUCUCCCACUCUCUGGUCUGAAGCAGUUCCAUGAAAUGGUGGGUCACUUUGUGGAGAUCACAAAAGAUAAAAUUGAGGGCAUGACUGGUGCAAAUGUAAGGACCGUGGACCCUCCUCAAAGGUGAACAUGGGUGAGAGUGUGGCCAACCAGUCUGUAUCUCAAAACCAAUUGUGAUCUGUCAUCUGUGACAUUAUUUAUUAUGGUUGAUUGAUUGGGUGUGCACGUCUGUGUUGCUGCUUGUGUAGUGCUCGGCUUUAGUCAUGUCUCGAUUUCAUCUGAAUAAGUCUGCCCUCGUCUUCUUCAGCUUGAUUCUAGAUAGAAUGAAUGAUACAUACAUGAACAAAUAAGCACAUUUUCUGCCAAAAGAUUGGCCUCCUUUGUUUAAUUAGAUGUCUUUUUGAAUAGAUUGGAAGUGUGUUUUCUGCUAGGAAAUUGAUGUGUGUUCUUCGCAAGGGAUACCAUGUCAUGAAUGUUGAAACUUGUUUGUUUGAGUGAGCAGUUCUUGCUUAUA